GGUUGUCACGGGGGAGGGACGAUACCACAAGCUAGGCUGCUCUAAACCUUCUGUAUGUAAGUGGCGAUGAGAAAGAGCAUCUUUUGGGCUGAGAGGAGACAUUUAGAGAGGAUGUUUCUGAUUUUUUGUUUUCAUUUAUUGUUGUCUUCACAGAAUAUAAUCAAAUGAGGCACCUUAGCCAGCCUGGGUGAUUGCUUCGAGUCUUGUAAUCAUCUGUGUAGCAAAGUGGGUAAAAUCAUUCAAUUUCUUCCCUGCUGGACCUGGAAAGAGAGGGGCUGUGUGUUCAUCCCCACCCAUUAGCUAUGCCCUCUUUUCUCUGAAUGUCGAUUUAAGGAAGCAGGCACCUGUCUUCUGCCACCGCAUCUUCCUAGCAAACUUUAAAGGCCAUUUUAUCUGAUAGGAAGAACAUCAAGGAUGCUCUGAUCUCUAGUGAUGAAGAAUCUGGGAAUGGACACUUGCCCCAUCCAGAUGCAAUGCACUUUAAUUGAAGAAAAACUGAGCUGAACUACAAGUCUCUUUCUUAUGGUGCUGGAUUACUCCUACAGAACUGCCCAGAGAUCAACCGCGAGAGAGGGCUCUGACAGACACUAGUCACCUUCUGAUUGUUGCACUUAGCUCUCCCUGGAGACGUAAAUUUUGGAAGUGUUCCUUUUUACAUGAUCCCCUCCAAGAUGAUGAGUUCUAAUCCUGAGGUAGACCCUUUGGACACAUUUCUCCAAUAUAUCGAGGACAUGGGGAUGAAGGCCUACGAUGGCUUGGUUAUUCAGAAUGCAUCAGACAUUGCUCGAGAGAAUGACCGCUUGAGAAAUGAAACCAACCUGGCCUACUUGAAGGAGAAGAACGAAAAACGCCGAAGACAAGAAGAAGCAAUAAAACGCAUAGGUGGCGAAGUGGGGCGGGGCCACGAAGGCACUUACGCGGGCAAACAUUUCCGCAUGGGAUUCAUGACGAUGCCCGCUCCUCAGGACAGACUUCCCCAUCCCUGCUCCAGCGGCUUUUCCGUGAGGUCCCAGUCCCUGCACUCGGUCGGGGGCACCGAGGACGACAGCAGCUGUGGCUCCCGCAGGCAGCCGCCCCCCAAGCCCAAGCGGGACCCCAGCACCAAGCUGAGCACGUCGUCCGAGACGGUCAACAGCACGGCACCCGGCAAGAGCGGCAAGGCCGCCGAGCGGCCCGAAGUGUCCACCAAACCGAGACCCCACAGUGAUGAAUAUUCCAAGAAGAUCCCUCCUCCCAAACCCAAACGCAACCCGAACACUCAGCUGAGCACCUCUUUCGAUGAAACGUACAUCAAGAAGCACGGGCCGCGGAGGACGUCGCUCCCGCGCGACCCCUCCCUGUCCCAUGUCAGCAGCCCUGCGGGCGACCCCGAGGAGGAGGAGCCCGUGUACAUCGAGAUGGUGGGCAACAUCCUCAGAGACUUCAGGAAGGAGGACGACGACCAGAGCGAGGCCGUCUACGAGGAGAUGAAAUACCCCAUCUUCGACGACUUGGGCCAAGAUUCCAAAUGUGACCUUGACCAUCACAGUUGCUCUUCGCAGUGUGCUACUCCCACGGUGCCUGACUCGGACUUCGCCAAGUCCUCCGUGCCAUGUACUCCAAAGGGUUUGCUCUGUGACAUCCCCCCGCCCUUCCCCAACCUGCUCUCCCACAGACCCCCGCUGCUGGUGUUCCCCCCCGCGCCCGUGCAGUGCUCCCCCAAUUCCGACGAGUCUCCGCUCACCCCGCUAGAGGUCACCAAGCUGCCCGUGCUGGAAAACGUGUCUUACAUGAAGCAGCAGCCGGGCGCGUCGCCGUCCGCACUGCCCUCCCACGCCUCCGGCCAUCCCAAGCUGGACAAAGAGCAGGCGGCGGCCCUGGGCCCAGGCCCCGCAGCCUCCGCGGCCACCGCGCUGUCCUCGUCCCCGCCCCCGCCGUCCACGCUGUACCGGACGCAGUCCCCGCACGGCUACCCGAAGAGCCACUCGGCCUCGCCGUCGCCGGUCAGCAUGGGGCGGUCCCUGACCCCGCUCAGCCUCAAGCGGCCGCCGCCCUACGACGCGGUGCACCCGGGCAGCCUGUCCAGGGGCUCCCCGGCGGGGCCGCAUCCGAGCGCCAGGCCCGUGUCGCAGGACGGGGCCAAGAUGGUCAACGCGGCGGUGAACACCUACGGCCCCGCGCCGGGCGCCUCCCGCUCCAGGACCCCCACGAGCCCCUUGGAAGAACUGACCAGCCUCUUCACCUCCGGGCGGAGCCUGCUGCGCAAGUCGUCGUCGAGCGGCCGCAGGUCUAAGGACCCCGCAGAGAAAUCGACAGAGGAACUGAAAGUCCGAAGUCACAGCACGGAGCCAUUACCAAAGCUGGAGAGCAAAGAGAGAGGGCAUCACGGGGCAUCUUCCAGAGAGCCUAUCAAAGCUCAGGAAUGGGAUGGAACACCAGGACCGCCUGUAGUCACCAGCAGACUGGGAAGAUGCUCCGUAAGCCCCACCUUGUUAGCAGGAAACCAUAGCUCAGAAGCGAAAGUAAGCUGCAAAUUAGGCCGGUCUGCGUCCACAUCAGGUGUGCCCCCUCCAUCAGUGACGCCUCUCAGGCAAGCCAGUGACCCGCAACAGAGCCAGAGUUUCCAUCUCUUUGCUCACUCCAAAGGACAGGAAGAACACUUUCAAUGACAGCACUAACAGCUCUGGCUGACCUCAGGACACCUAUGGAUAAGGGAAUGCAUGGAGGCAGCAGACUCACUGCCUCCCAUAAUUCCUGAAAAAUUAGCUUUCCUUUCUCCAGUCACACUUUCCCUUCCUUGUUGCCCCGCCAAUGCCAUCCAUGCUCUCCUAGGGAAAUUUUCUGCAGGGUAAAGAGAACAUUCAAAGAAAUUUGGUGACUCUAAGCUUCUUUUUCAGUCAGAUUAAAGUUUACAGCCCCCGUGCUGGAAAUGGUGAUUUUCCGUAAGAGGGGUUACAGGAGGUGGAGAAAUUGGCUCAGAGUGAGUAACAUGGAACUGAUUUUUUAUUUUCCUGAGAGCAUCUGAAAAUUAGUGCUGGUGUAGGGUCUAUUGUUUUAAGAAAUUAAAUUUUAUUCACAAGUCACGGUUACAUUUAAUUCCAAGGCCAACGAGACACUUGCUCGACAUUGCUUGGUCCUUUAAGUCUUUGGUAAAUUACUGCUUGUUUUACAUGUUAACUCAUGAGGCACAAAAAAAUCAAGUCAGUGGAGCUAUGCCUACCUGUAUUAAUUUUAUUCCAGUAUCCAUUUUAGUGUUGAAGUGCUAACGUUGAAAUGCUUAUUUCAGAUUUUUUAAAAAUCUCUUUAUGGUUUUCAUAUUUUGGAAAUUGAAUAAUUUUAAAUAAAUAUAUGGAGAUUUAUUAUUGACAUAUCAUCAUUCUUCUGGUCUUUGGAUAAAAUAUACUCAAUAUCAGGAAGUGCUUAGUUUAUUUCCUAGAGAAAGUAAUGAUUGAAGUAAAUUAAAUAUUCCUUGACAUUUAUGUUAUUCUGCAUGCAUUGAAGGAUCAGUAGAUAAGAUCAUUAACAGUGUCUGGGGUUUUACAAUUUCCCAAUCCAAUUGCCUCUGUUCAUUGCCUCCUAUAACCAUGUGAAGUAUGAUGUAUGUGGCAAUACAUGAAAUGUGUAUAUAAAGUAUGUCCAAUAUACAUAAUAUAUAUAAAGCAUAUACAAAUAUAUAUACUAUGUGUAUAUGAAUUAGGUACCAAUAUAUAUACAAUGUAUAUAGGAAGGGCAUACAACUUCAGAGAAAUACAUGACUUUUCAGUAUGAUAAAACAAUCAAGAUCCCAAUCAAGUUAGUUAACUUUUUCCAUUAUAGCGUGUUGCUUCUGUCUAAAAACAUUGCAAGGUAAGCUUCAGUUAGCAUUUGGAAUGAAUGUGGUUUCUUCAGGUGAUUUUUAAAAAAUACAUCUUUUGAACUUCAUAAUAGUUUUACAUUUACAGAGAGGCUCCAAAGAGGGCACAGAGGGUUCCUGUAUGCCCCACACCGAGUUUCCCCCUUUUUUAAAUAUCUUAUAUUGCUGCUGUGUAUCAGUAUUGAAACCGUAUUUUUAAAGCCCACACAUUACUUGGAUUUUCUUAGUUUUUACGUGCCUGUUUCAGGAUCCUUUCCAGGAUACCACACUAGUCAAUUUCAGUUAUCAUGUCUCUUUGCCUUCUCUAGAUUGCGACGGUUUCUCAGACUUCCCUUAUUUUGGCUGAUCUUAACAGUUUUGAGGAUUUCUGGACUGGCAUUUUAUAGGGUAUUUCUCAUUUUGUGUUUGGUGUUUUUCUCAUGGUUAGGUUGGGAUUAACGGGUUUCGGAGAGGAGGAGCUCAGAGGCAAUGUGCCUUUCUCAUCACAUCAUACCAAGGGUCCAUACAGUCCACAUGACUUCCCGUUGUCGAUGACUGGUGUGCUGUGUAUAGUGUUUGCCAGAGCUUCCCACGGUUAAGUUACCCUCCUCUUUCUUUCCAUACCGUAUCCUUGGGAAAGAAGUCACUGUAUGUAGCCUGCUCUUAAGGGAUGAGGAUUUAUGUUUCCCUUCCUUGAGGAGGGACUUCACUGGAUUUUAUCUGCCUCAACUUAUUAGCCAAGAGUAUUACCUCUGCCGGAUCAUGUUGUCCGAGAGAUGUAACGAGAUUCGUAUUAAUUGAGCAAUUGUCUUACAAUUGUCUCCUAAUGUAUGCUUGUUGUAAAUCAAACCCAAGAGUUCUUUUAACUCCAGGUUGAAGUGAAAUGGAAUUUUACAGCUAAAUUGAAACCGGUCUUGAAGAAUUUCAUGACAAAUCAUGAAAUACUUUAUGGGUAGUAUUCUUAACACACCUCCUAUAAAUACUUAACAUGUUAUUUGCUAUGUACAAACUAAUAAAUUGAAGCAUCUUACUAUCAGAGUGAAAUGUAAUUUUUAGACAUGUUUUCUGCCAUGUAAAUUGCCAUAGUGGUAACAUUGGAGUUUAAUGUCGGGAAUUAAAAAGAAUGUGCACCCUCCAGAAAGAAAUAUUGAAAAACAGAUGAUAUUUAAACGUAAACUCGGAAAAUAGAUUUACCUUCCACCAAAUGAAUCACAUUUAACAAGUAUUUAUCUCAUCUUAACACAGUAAUAAUUUUCUUGGGUAUUUUAAAUGAGAAAAAAAAAUAUUUGACAACAACUUAACAUGAGAUGAUUCUAUAGCAUUCUUUGCCAGACUUAUUAAAAUAUUGAAAUUAAAAAAUUUUGAAUUGGCUAUUUUCUAAUACCGUGUAUUUAAAUUCUCUUUAAAAUAUGUAGCCUUCAUUCAUGUACUGACAAGUGCUUUCUCACAGAAUUUGUAUUGACUAUACAUCUGGCCACCAAAAGAAAAUAGUUGAAUAUUAAAAAGCCAGUCUGAGAAAAAGGAGUUGAUUUUCUUCUAUUAAUAUUUGAAACCAUUAGAUCAAUCAAGUGGACACUUAACUAUUUUAAAACAAAAAUGUAAAGAACAUGAAAGUCAUGCUUUGUAACCCUUUAUUCUUAAACUUAUUUUUUAGAUUUUUAAAGAAUGGAUUAUUCUUAAACUGACACACUUACAUAGUAUAAACUUCUAAUUGGCAGAAAACACACACUUAUAGGUAAUGUAAUGCGUUAUACAUGCGUAAAAUGUAACGAUAACUCUGAAAUAUAUUAGUGAUACUGUUGUUAGAGCAAUUUAUGAAAAAUAUUAUUUUUCAGUGACAUGUACUGAUUCGCACUCUUAAAUAUUAAACGAGAUUAGAUAUUAUCCAAUUUGUGGGGAGAAGUAAAUACAAUGCAAAUGUUGAAGUGAUGUAAAUAUCCUACCUUAAAGAAGUUGGAGGUUUUGCAGUUUUAUUGGAAUGUGUAAGACCCAGUGAGAUUUUACUGAGAAGAAAAUUAUCUGGAGAGCUUUCCAAGGGUGAACAAACACUGUUCAAUGAUGGUGGCUUCUAUUCGUUCAUAAAACUUUUAUUGAGAGCUUAAUGACUCUGUUCUGCAUGUUGGGUCUGCUAAUGGAUAAAAUUUGGGGCUUCCCCUCUGGGAAUUCUAUGUUAUAAAUUCCAUUUUAAGAGUUUAUAGUCACUCAAUAAAUUUUGCUUGUAUUUCCACCCAAA